AUGGCACAAGAAUCAACCUCUGAUCUUAUGUUUGUGGAUGAUUUUUACUUCUCGUUACUCUUUGAUGAAGAAGAAGAAGAAGAAGAGAUUUUUUUUGACGAUUUUUACACCACAUUAUAUGAGUUUGCCGAGUAUCACAAGGAAGAGGCUAUGAAAGAAUCAGCCUCUGAUCAUCGCAUGUUUGCGGAUGAUUUUUGCUUCUCAACAAAAGAAGCCGGAGAGUCAUCGCAAUAUUAUGGCUUCUUCGUCUGCGAUAUUUGUAUGGAGAGGAAAGAUGGCCACCAGAUGUUCAUAAACGAGACCUGCCUUCACACAUUUUGUUCCGACUGCAUUGGCAAACAUGUUGCCACAAAGAUCCAAGACGGCAUAACCCAUGUUUCUUGCCCCGGGUGGUUGGAAUGCCAGGGUGUCCUUCGAGUCAAUGCUUGCAGGCCAAUGCUUCCCAAAGACGUGAUGGAAAGGUGGGACGAGGAGCUAUGCAGAGCGCUGUUUGCGUCUGAGAUGGUGUUUUACUGUCCUUUCAAGGACUGUUCAGCCAUGUUGGUGGAUGAUAAUAUUGGAGAAGGAGAAGUGAUGAUUACGGAGUCGGAGUGUCCAUUCUGCCAUAGACUCUUCUGCGCACAGUGUCAAGUCCCCUGGCAUCCAGGGGUAGAGUGCCAAGAGUUCCAGAUACUAAACGAGAGUGAGAGAGGAAGAGAGGAUCUGAUGCUGAGGGAGCUUGCUCAUCAGAAGAAAUGGAAGAGGUGUCCCAAUUGCAAAUACUUUGUUGAAAGGACUGCAGGUUGUUUACACAUGACUUGCAGGUGUAAAUUCCAGUUUUGCUAUGGAUGUGGAGGAUCGUGGACUGGAAAUCAUGGUGAUCAUUGCGUGAGAGAUUAA